AUGGUUAGUGAGUUCACGGGAGGACAGAGACAGCAGCAUCCCAGGUAUUCUUAUCAGCCGGCAGGGAGUGCACCUCUGCGGUUUGACCGGUCUUCUUAUUCCAAAGCGAGCCAGAGUUCUAGAGCGUCAGGCUCUCAGUACCGACCAGAGUCAAGUCAGAUGAGACCCCCUUUGCCACGAUGUACCCAGUGUGGCAAGUUACAUGCAGGUCAGUGUCAGCUGGGUUCAGAUGGUUGCUAUACUUGUGGGCAGUCAGGCCACAGGAUAAGGGAGUGCCCGAUGGGGGUUGGCAUAGGUGUGGCUCAGCCUACAGGGUCUGUGGCUGGCUCUUCUUCUGCAAUGCGCCCUUCAGGGCAAGUUUUUCAGACGCCAGCAGGGCGAGGUAGGGGGAUGAGUGGAGCGUCCAGCUCGAGCGGUCCUCAGCACCGCGUGUAUGCAUUGGCUGGUAGACAGGCCCGCGAGACGUCUCCUGAUAUUGUUACAGGUAUAUUAUCAGUUUUCUCCCAUGAUGUUUGUGCACUGAUUGAUCCAGGUUCCACUUUAUCAUAUGUUACGCCCUUUGUUGCCGGCAAGUUUAGGCUAGAGCCCGAGUUGAUUAAACCUUUUGAGGUGUCUGCGCCAGUUGGUGAUUCGAGAAAAGAUGGUUCGAUUCCAGUUUCUAGGCGAGCAGUCCUAGAGUGGAAGGACAAUGCUGCUUCGCUUAGGGGGUAG